CGGCCAAUCAGCGCUCUCUGCUGGUUUAUGAACGAGUUUGGAAGGCUGGAUCCGGAGGAGAAGGGAAGUGAGCAACUGUCUUGGCUGGCGACGAUGCGGGCGAGAACGUUGCCCGGGAUCGGGUACAAAUAGUAACGGAGGAUUCAGCUAUAGGAUUGGGAUCGUGAUUCUAAAUGGCUCGAGCAGGGAAGGAAAACCUGCUAGGAGCCUUGCCCUUUCGACAGACCCCAGCCAAGGUGGGGCAGAAGGAGAGCGCCCCCCGUGUCUCAAGUUCCUUGAGCAGCAGUAAAAUUCCGGUGCUCUUCAAAAGCCGAGUCCCACCAGAGUUGAAGCAAUCACAGCAGCAGAGUCCACUUCAGCAGGUAUGCCCAUCCAGCCCGAACUCCAAAGCAGUCGAGGAUCCCAAGAUGCCUCCAACGGUUUCAGCUUUGGGUGCUGCAGUUUUGAAACCAGCGGCUGGGUUAUUGCCCAAGAGCCUUUCCAGAGAACCUCUGGGGGAGGUGCAGCUGAGCACAUCUGGUCAGAGGAAUGAUAGCAACACAUCUGUUGGCAAAGAACCAAGCGCAGUUGAGUUUGUGCCGGAUGUGGCAGCUCUUGCCAGCAUACUGUCCAACACUGGGCUGACUCACCACAUGCUGAGCACGACACAGAAGCCCAGCCUGGCCCGCCGAGUCCCUCUGAGAGGGAGGAGAUUGUGCUCCGCCAGCAUUGGGACUGCCCGAGGUGCUCCAGCAGCAAAUCUAGCUUGUAUGUCUCACAUUGCCAGAUCAACAUUGAAAGAUGCAGAUCACCCACAGUCUUAUAGCCUCACUUUGAACACCCAGGAGCUCAAGGCACUUUCAACUACAUUCAAGAAUUUUGACUCUCAGCAUCGGCUGGAGGCGACGAAGCCCAGCCAGUCAACCGAGAAUCUGGGAGUGGGCAAGUGUCCAGAUUCGGGAGCCAGGCCCAACGCAGAGUGUUCAAGCAGCGUUACCACAACUGGCGUUCCAUUGCAAAGCAACUUGACUGAGAAAAAGGACACUGCAGGAUCAUCUUGGAAAGAGGAGGAGUUUGUACCAGAUCCGGCUGCCAAAGCAAGCAUCUUCUCCAAUGUAGGCCUCAGCCAUUUUGCCUUUGGAGCCAACGGGAAACUGAGCUUGGCCCAGCGGGUGCCAAUGAAAGAUGUUCGGAAGAAUCCUCUCACUAGUGGCGGCACCAAGGGUGAAAAUGCGUUUUCCUGUGGACCAUGUGCAAGAGUAUCCUCAACAGGAAAAUUUGGUCGUGUGUCCUGUUAUUCCACACAGGGCUGUAAAGGACUGGAAAAGUCACAGUCUUCAGGAACCGAACUAACAAACACACCCGGCAACAGAUGUUUAGUUGUUGACUGUUCACCCUAUGGGCUGGCUAGGAGGAUUCCCGUUGCCGGCACACAAUCCUUGCGGCGCAGCCCCUGGACAUACGGCCGUGUGCCUACUUCUUCUUGCCCAAAGCUGAGGAGGGGGGCUGCCCAGCAUCUAACAGAAACACAGCAGGUUAUGUCAGAGGCCAGCGUCACCCCACAGAUAACCUCCCCUGGUGCCAAAGAGGAGGGCACUCCCUCGUCCUGGGAAAAGGUGGCUGUGCGGCUCUUUGAUGAAGAGGUGGCUGCAUCGGUGAGGAGAGUGCCAGCUGUUCCUGUGAUCACCCCAGAAAUGGGAAAGCUCCAGCGUAUUGAGCUCCUUGCCGAGCUCUUGCAGCAGGAGGUGAACAGCGGCAUGGGCCCUGAUGUUGCCCCUUCACUGGAGAAAUUGCACAAACUCUUGUCUGCUCGCUCCUCGCCUGCUUUGGAGGCUCCCCAGCCCGGCCUCCCCUGCACACCUCUGCAGGAUCCUAGAUCCGAUGCCUGCAAGCCGACACCCGGAUCUGCUCCGACGGCCCCACCUGAACCUGGCACAACGCUCACUGGCCAGCACCCUGUCUGUCCCAAUCCCUCUGUGCGUUUGGUCCAGCUCCCUUCAUCUAAUACAGGUAAUUCAGUUCCCAGAAUCCUCCUGUCAGCUGGUGGGCUCACACCGCAGUCCAAAGAAGUCACUUUUCCAAGUGACCAGAUGAAGCACCGGCUCAGUGAGGUCCUCCGCGCCCCUCAGCACUUCUUGGAGGCCUGCCUGAAUGACGAGUGCGCUUUCUAUACUGCCCGCGUCCCUUCCGCCACCCAGCCAUCCAUACAGCGAUGUAAGGAGCCUGUGGCAAAAAUGCUGGAUGCCCUCGAUACUGUGCACUUUAUACCCAUCUCAUCACAUCAGUCUCGGUUGGUGGAAGAGGAGAGGUCUUUGUCUUCCUGAAGGUCGUGUAAGACCUAGAGGCAGUGCAUUCUUGUUCCUCAUGAACAAUGUAUUGGUGGAUUAAAUCCACCUGCAACAAUUGCUACCCUCGGAUCUUACCAUCCUCAGAUUUCACUGGGACCCUGAAUACCUGCAGGCUUGGCAGAGAGAGCCAGGAACUGAAAUCCAUUCUUGUAUUUGAAAGCUUCAGGUGCCUGGCAGGGGAAAAAAUAGAUGAUGCCCGUGAAAACAGAAGGCUGGCCUUGGGGAAAGGAAGCUUGUUAAAAUACAAGGCCCCUUACUAUUAACUGUUUGUAAACACGCAUUUAUUUUUUUUUUAAAGGAUAAUUAAAUAAUUUAAAUUAAAACAUC